AUGAUCCGCCCUUGGGUUCUCUGUCUCCUCGUUUCUUACCCCUCUGCCUGUUCUGAGAGUUGGAUGCCGCUCAUAAACCUCGCCCACCGCUUCCUCAAGGACACCAACUCCUCCUUCUCUUCUGACUGCUGGGUCUGUUUGCCCAUCCAAACCCAGCGCUCUCUAGCCGUCCCAGCCCCACUAACAACUUGGAUCGACUCACCCAUGAAACUUCAUAUUACAUUCUCGACCCGGACCCUCUCCGGCCCUUAUCCUAUCGCCGACCUUGAAAAACGCCUCCUGAAUUUCCAACCUUUAACUGCGCAUUACUCGUUUGCCAAUCCCGACCGGCGGGCCAUUGCUCUUCUUCAGCUCACGAGCUUAACAGGCAUACUCCCGCUACUUUCCCGACUCACCUCUGUGAAAUAUACUGACGAUCGCAUCUAUGAAUCCGCCCAGCGCCCCAUAUGGGGGCCGCUCUCUGCACAGACCCUUCUCGCCUCCCAGGCCCCUCUCUGUGUAUCCCGUUUCUUCAAGGAUUCAAAAUAUGCCACCUUCGUGGGCAAUCUCUCUGCCUCCCUCUGCAACCACACCUUCCGUCUUUUGCCCUCGGCAGACCACCAAUCCAUUGAUCUGUCCACCAGCUAUGCGUUUGCCGAACUAACCACUAUGCCAGGCUCUAAGUGGAGAAACCCCUUACGCUUUUCAGGACCCCCUUCCCUAACCGCAGGGCAGCCUUACUACCCUUGCCCGGUCAAUGACAUCCAUUGUCACACCUACCCAACCACUCCCUGGAGGCACUGUCCUUCCCGUCCAUCUAGCACCUGCUACAACCUCACGCUGUUUGAACCAGCCGACAGAAAUGACUCCGUCACCCUGUCUGUGGACACCACAUACUUCAAGAUUAAACUCCAGGGACACAAAGAUCCCUAUCCACUCUUUCAGUACCAGCCCCUCAUGGGGGCAGCCCUCUCUGGACAAUAUUCAAUCUGGGAAUAUGAACCCACCGUCCAGGAAAAUGGGGACUUCACCCCAAACAUCUUUUCACAUCUUCUCUCCUUAACGUACUCCUUUUGUCUCAACUCCUCCGGCGUCUUCUUCCUCUGCGGAAGCUCCACGUAUGUCUGUCUUCCGGCCAAUUGGUCGGGUGUCUGUACCCUUGUCUUUCAAUACCCAAACAUUGAACUCCUUCCCAGUAACCAAACCAUAACCGUCCCCCUUUUCGCUACAAUUCCCUCCUCGGUCUCCACUUCUCGCGGGAAGAGAGCCGUUCACCUCCUCCCUCUUCUUGUGGGCCUGGGCAUCACUUCCGCCCUCGGGUUAAGCAUCGCUGGCAUCACCACUUCAACCAUCUAUUUCCAACAGCUUUCGAAGGCUCUCUCAGACAGCCUAGAUGAAAUAGCCACCUCCAUUAUUACCCUCCAAGACCAAAUAGACUCCCUGGCGGGCAUCGUCCUCCAAAACCGGAGAGCUCUAGACCUCAUUAUGGCCGAGAAAGGGGGCACCUGCCUCUUCCUGCAGGAAGAGUGCUGCUUCUAUGUAAACCAGUCUGGAGUAGUCCGGGAUGCAGCCAGGAAACUCGGAGAAAGAGCAUCUGAAUUCCGCCCAAGCUCCAACUCUUGGAUCCAGGGGCUGGGGUUGGGAUACUGGCUGCCCUCGUGGUUGUCAUCCCUCUUGGGACCCAUUUUCUUUCUCCUCUUUCUGCUCAUUUUCGGGCCUUGUCUUCUUAACUGCCUGACUCAUUUUGUAUCCCAGCGAAUGAGUUCUUUCAUUCAGAACACUACCAAAGGGCACGUGGACAAGAUUCUUCUGCUUCGAGAUUCCCAAUACAAGAGACUUCCCCAGCAGCCCUCGGAGGAGAACGUAGUCUAGCAGGAAGGAACCUGAGCCACAGCUACC